UCAACAUGAUUGAAGAAGAAAAGCGGUUUGUUUUUUUUGUCUCUCUCUCUCUCUGUUUGGACAGCUCAGCUCUGUCACCGUGCUAAUCAUCUAAACGCAAUAUUCUGACAUGAUUUUGCAGCUAAAGUUAAAUCUGACAGUAGAGGAUCAAAUAUAAAAAUCCUUUAGUGUGUGUAUUUGAGGCGAUUAACUACGCUCCGAGGUAAGUCAAACUGAAUCUUGCUAGGUGAGCUAUUUUGCUAGCAUUGUGUGGUUUGGUGGAUUCCUACUUCCUGUCGUUACUGCGAGCUGCUGGUACACGUUAAUGCCGCCGCCAUAUUGGAAAGGUCAAGCGUGGCUUGUAAACACGUUCCAGCCUUUGCUUAGAUACAGAUUUGUGGGGAUAUGCAGACAGAAACUUGUACUGCUUCAUGUGAAAGGACACCAGACAUUUUGGGACAUAUCUCCCCUGUAGACUAUCAGAACCAUGUAAAAAAGGAACAACCUGAAGAUGAAGACUAUCCUUGUGAUGGGAUGUCAAGCUCUGUGGAACACUUUAUUUUUGUGGACCAACAGAAUGAUGGAUUCCUGAAAAAGCCUGUAAAAGAGGAAGAAGAUGAAGAUGAAGACUACCUCUAUUGUGAAGAUUGCAGAUCCUUUUACAUCAACAAAUGUGAAGUUCACGGUCCAGCUCACUUCAUCAUUGAUACACCUGUUACUAUGGGGGUCAUUGACCGAGCCAGACAGACCCUUCCACCUUGUCUAGAGGUUCGGCAGUCUGGUAUUCCUGAUGCAGGUCUGGGAGUGUUUAAUAAGGGGGAGACUGUUGCUGUUGGUGCACACUUUGGGCCCUACCAGGGAGAUCUGGUGGACAGAGAAGAAGCAGUGAACAGUGGCUACUCCUGGGUGAUAUAUAAGAACAAGCAAUAUGAGGAAUACAUAGAUGCCAAGAGAGAGAUGUAUGCUAACUGGAUGAGAUAUGUGAAUUGUGCUCGUAACGAUGAAGAGCAGAAUCUCAUGGCAUGCCAAUAUAGAGGAGGAAUUCUGUACCGUUGCUGUCAAGCCAUCAAACCAGGACAGGAGCUCUUGGUGGGAUAUGAAGAGGAAUAUGCCAAAGAUCUAGGCCUUGCAUUCGACUUCAUCUGGAAGAAAAAGUGCUCCACGAAUGAAAUGAAAGAUGCCCAGUUGCAAGUCUUCUCCUGCUCCUGGUGUUCACUUUCUUAUACAUCUCAAACUUAUCUCCACAAUCACUUGAGAAGAAACCACUACAAGGAAUAUGUAAGCCUGAUGAAAUCAGGAGAUAUUACAUAUGAUAAUCCAGUGGCCACAAUAAGCUCUGGCUGUCAGCAAACAUCAUGUGGCAGGGUGAACUCUAACUCCACUAACCGACAAAUACAGAAAAUAGCCUAUCACUGCUCACAGUGUGGCAAGAGUUUCAGUCAGCAGAGUACGCUCCAGCGACACCAGCGCAUUCACACAGGAGACAAGCGGUACCACUGCUCACAGUGUGGGAAGAGUUUUAAUGAUGUGGGUAAUUUCAAAACACACCAGCGUGUUCACACAGGAGAGAAACCGUAUCCGUGCUUACAGUGUGGCAAGAGGUUUAUUGAGAGAGGAUCUCUUAAAGCACACCAGCGCAUUCACACAGGAGAGAAACCGUAUCAGUGUUCAGAAUGUGGGAAACGUUUUAAUCAACAGAGUCAUCUCCAACAACACCAGCGUGUUCACACGGGAGAGAAGCCGUAUCACUGCUCAGAGUGUGGGAAGAGCUUUAGUAAAGUAAGCACUUUUCACAGACACCAGCGCAUUCAUACUGGAGAGAAGCCGUAUCAAUGCUCGCACUGUGGAAAGAGAUAUAAGGACAAAGCUAAUCUCCAAACACACCAGCGUAGUCACACAGGAGAGAGGCCGUAUCACUGCUCAGAGUGUGGGAAGCGUUUUAUUCAACAGAGUGAUCUACAAAGACACCAGCUCAUUCACACAGGAGAAAAGCCCUAUUCGUGCUCAAAGUGUGGGAAGAGCUUUAAUCGACAGAGUAAUCUACAAAUACAUCAGCGCGUUCACACAGGAGAAAAGCCUUACCACUGCUCAGAGUGUGGGAAGAGCUUUAUUCAACAGAAUAAUCUACAAACACACCAGCGCAUUCACACAGGAGUCAAGCCGUAUCACUGCUCGGAGUGUGGGAAGAGCUUCACACAGAAGUGUCACCUUGAUGGUCAUAAACAUGUUCACACAGGGGAGAAGCCAUAUCAGUGCACACAGUGUGGGAAGAAUUUUAUUCGACAUAGUGAUCUCAAACAACACCAGCGCCUUCACACAGGAGAGAAGCCGUAUUACUGCUCACAGUGUGGGAAGAGCUUUAAUAAAGCGAGUUCACUCCAACAUCACCAGUGCAUUCACACAGGAGAGAAGCCAUACGAGUGCUCCGAAUGCGGGAAGAGCUUUUCUCAGCAGAGCCAUCUCCAAUCUCACGAGCGCGUUCACUCAGCAGAGAAGCCGCAUCAUUGCUCACAGUGUGGGAAGAGUUUUACACGGAAAAGCGACUUUAAGAAACAUCAGCGCACUCACACGGGUGAAAGGCCAUAUCAGUGCUCACAGUGUGGGAGGAGCUUUGCUCAGCAAAGUAAUCUCCAACGACACCAGCGCAUUCAUACAAUGGAGAAGCCAUAUCGCUGCUCACAGUGUGGAAAAGGUUUUACACAACAGAGUGAUUUUCGAACACACCAGCGCAUUCACACGGGAGAAAAGCCGUAUCAGUGCACUCAGUGUGCGAAGAGAUUUACCACCAUCAGUAAUCUCCAGCGACACCAGCGCAUACAUACAGGAAAGAUGUCGAUUCAGUGCUCGGUGUGGACUGAGAUUUACUUAGUCACCUGUGUUUAAGAUACACAAGUGCACCAACAUAGAGCCAUCAACUUCUGACAUGUGAACUUCAAAUCAAGAAACGCGAUAAUUACUGUUUUGUGUUUUUGUUUCAAAUGUGUGUGUGUGUGUGUGUGUGUGUGUGUGUGUGGCUAUAUAUGUGUAUAAAAUAAGAUUUUAAUUCUCUAACAUAAACUAUUGCUAAACACCAUUCUGACCCCACGUAGUGGAUAGCACACUAAAAAACAUACAAACUUCUGAGGGCUAUGUAAACCGAGUCUGGAGAUCUGGAGCUAUUUAGAUACCAUGUAAUAAUUUUUUUUCGGUUUAAAAGCGCCUGAUUUUAACCCAAAGACCCUGUCUGUAAGAUUAGUCAAAACAUAAUGCAAUUCCUAGAAUAAAUACAAAACUAAACAUACACUCACUGUCCAUUUUAUUACAAGAAAAUGUGAUCUCACUCCUAUUAGGAAAAGUGCCAUGGAAUGGCAUUCAAUAUCAAAUCUCCUACCAGGUGGAAAUCAUAAGAUCACAUAAACAUGAUGUCAUGCAGAGAGUAACACACUGACACUAGUACACUCAUCCUGAAACACUUUUAAAUCAGGAAUACGAAUAGCAAGAAUAUGAGUGAUGCAAUCCCAUAGCAUUUUAUUUUGAAAAAUAAACUAUUAAUAAAAUAUAGCUAUUGAGUUGUGAGGAAAGAACUGGAUGAAGGUGUGUUGAUGGACAGACUUGUGCAGAAAGUCUUCUGAUAUCAGUAAGAUAGAGAUUUAUUUAGUGAUUAAAAAAGAAAUUAAAUAAAAUGGCAGAAUAAGGUAUCAAAGGUAAACAAAGCUCUGUUUAGCCAGUGUGUGUGUGUGUGUGUGUGUGUGUGUGUGUGUGUGUGUGUGUGUGUGUGUGUGUGUGUGUGGUGUUUUCCAGAUGUUAAAAAUCCUCAUAAUGAGCUGGGUUUGGUUUUUUUGUGUGUGUGUUUUUUGUUUUUUUUUUAAACAGAAGCAGCAGGAAAGUGCCAGAAAAUCUUCAUUAUAUUUUAAAACAGAUAACAAAAUGGAUAAAAGGAAGGAUAGAGCAGUAUAAAAGAAAAUAAUCAGAAGAAUUAUGUAUUUAUAUACAUUUGUAGUGUGUUUGUGUUUGUUUGCAGGUACAUUCAUUUUAACAUCUUGAAUCUGAAAUGUUUGACUGCAUUGAAUGUUAUUAAAAUAAAAGUUUUAUAAAAAAUUUUACA